ACCUUGUCUGUAAGACCACAUAGUGCUGAGGAAAGCUCUACUGUCACAGAAAAAGAACAAACAACAUCUCGCCAGAAAAGGUCUCAGAUAGUUUCGUCGUCAGGAACGUUGAUAUUGGCGGUAAUGCUUGUGGCUUUGAUCAUUACUGGCUGUAUCGUAUGCGCAUCAUUGUGGUUGCUAUCUAGAAGAAGAAAAGCCAUCGUUCCUCCGCCAGAAAUAGAGGGACCUCCUACGCCACAAAAAAUAAAUUCCGAGAUUAUUAAUCUUGAAGAGUUUCAGGAUACUGGACCGUUGGUGAUGCAAGCGAGAUUAAAAGGCCGUCUGAGACAUGCUUUGGAUAACGAGAAAUCCCAUAGUCUCAAAGAGGUACAGUUUGAUCCCAAACAAAAUGAGAUUUGCCUGAUUGGAUCUGAUGUUGAGCAACUAGUAGGAAUGUCACAACUCUCGCUGAUGUCCGGAGAAAAAUCGGCGGAAGCUGCAAAGGCAUCGAAAAAGAAAGCUCCUGUAACUAUGGCUAGCGAAAUUAAGAAGGCGCAGGCAGCUGUCAAGGAAGCACAGCGCGUAGCUGAAAACGAGAGGAUGAUUGCCAUAUGUGCCAAACGACGUCGCGCAAAGGAAGAAGCUCAACGAGCAGCGCAGGCCAAAGCCGCUUUAGAGGCUCAGAAAAAAGCAAGAUCAGAUGAGUCUAGAUCUAGUGGGCAAAUUUCAGACAGCUCAAAAACUGUAGUGAAAAAAGGAACAACAAAACCCGCACCAUCUCCACAAAUGCGAUCAAUAAAAGAACAGUUGACCCAAACUAGCACAGUGGGCCAUAGAAGAGAGAUGGAGCAUAUCCGACCGCAACCUGCGAUUACUUCGCAUUACGCGCGUAGAAGUGAAAUAUCUCCGUCACAGUUUGCGAGGCCGACGACAAGUUAUACGACUCAACGUACAACUUAUCCAUCGAAGUCUUACUACGACGAAACAGAUGGUAUUGGUUUCAAGUAUCAAGGCAAAAAAAUGGACGUGUCUACAUCGUCUACAAGUAUAAGUACAGCUUCUGCUCCCCGAAGGCAGCCAGAAUCCGAUGAGGAGCUGAAUUUUCUUGAUGCUCUAUAGCAAAAAGACAUUGACUUUGUUCUCUUACAUGGCUUAAAUUUUUACAUGCAUAUGACUUACUUCUAAAUAACAACAGCA